AUGGUGUCCCGUGAGAUUCUCAAGGCGACUGCUCCUCUCUUGAAGCUGCUUCUCAGAGGUGUACCCAUACCAAGAAGCACCAUGGGCAGGUUCAACUGGUCUCUUUUGGUCCUCGGCUUUGUUUUACCUGCUUUGGGACCAGUAACCGCCGGGACUCUGACAGAGCUGGAGUUUGAGAGAAGUCCCGCUACGAUUAUCUCCUCUCUGGGGAAACCUGUUCGUUUGCACUGCGCCCUGACAGGAAUGGGAGGUGAGGAAGAGGAUCCUCCUGAUGUUCUUUGGCUUAGGGACAACGUGCCUCUUCAGUACGCAGACACCAACCAGUUUCAAGUGCAUACGGGGAGCAACAGUUGGACCAUCAUGAGCACACUGAGCAUCGAAAAGGUCCAACUUCCUGACAUGGGCUCUUAUCGAUGUGCUGUUUUGUCGGAAAGUCACCAGAUUGUCUCUGAGGAAGGAGGUAUUCAGUUGGAGGGUCUUCCUCAUUUCUCUGUGGAGCCCCAGCACAUGUCUGUAGUGGCCAACGUGUCCAUCAGCCUGAGCUGUGUGGCCCACGGGCCCCCAGAGCCCGUCAGGGUCAUCUGGCUGCAGGACGGUGCUCCUCUCAACUCCCUGUCAGAUCCAGUGGCCAUGUCACCCUCCACACUAAACCUCACAGGUUUGAACAGGACCAGCACCUUUUCUUGUGAAGCUCAUAACCGCAAAGGUGUGGCCACAUCUGGAUCUGGAACCAUCACUGUUCUCCCAUCACAGCCUCGGGACUUAAAAAUUGUGGAAACCACUGAGACCAGCCUCCGUCUGUCGUGGCACCCGGGAUUUGGCGGCGACUACUCGAUAAUUCGCUGCUCUGUUCAGGCCAGGCGUUCAGGAGAGUCCUUCACUGCUGGCACGGAGAAGAUGAUCCACGACCAGAUUGUGAACGUCCCACCAGCCACCCACCUCAUUGAGAACCUGGAGCCCCAUACACUGUACGCUGUCAGAGUGGCCUGUUACAGCAGUCAGGGCCCAUCUGACUGGUCACCCUGGGUAGAGCUGCACACCAAAGAAGGAGUGCCGGAAAACCCUCCUGUGAAUGUGACCGCAGUGUUGAACGGUACUGAGGUUCUCAUGAUGUGGGAGGAACCUCCAGGAAAGCUGAAUGGAGAACUGCAGGGCUACAUUGUGGAGUACAGCACACCAGACACUGAGCAGUUGAUCGUGGACACAGGAUUGGGCGCAGAGAUUUCAAUCAAUUUGUCCCUCCCCCUGUCCAACGUGUCCUUCCGAGUGUGUGCCUACACAGGUGCAGGACAAGGGCCCUGGACACCCACACAGACUCUCACACUUAUAUCGCCCGAAAUGGAGGAGUUCAGAGGUCCAUCCUUGCCUCCGGCCUUUUCCUGGCACUGGUGGUAUGUGGUGAUGGCCAUCGCCGGCGCCGUGUCCAUAGCUGUGCUCAUGGCUGUUUACGUGGCCAAACUGCGGCGCAAGGAGACGCGCUUUGGAGAGGCCUUUGAACCCAUGAUGGAGAGCGGGGAGCUGGUGGUGAGGUACCGCGCUCGUCGCACCUACAGCCGCAGGACCACGGAAGCAACACUGAACAGCCUGGGCAUCAGUGACGAGCUGAAGCAGAAGCUUCAAGAUGUGAUGGUGGACAGACAUAAACUAACCCUGGGGAAGACCCUGGGAGAAGGGGAGUUCGGCUCGGUGAUGGAAGGCCUGCUGACUCAGGAGGAGGCCGUUCUCAAAGUUGCUGUCAAGACUAUGAAGAUUGCCAUUUGUACCCGCACAGAGAUGGAGGACUUCCUGCGUGAGGCCGCUUGCAUGAAAGAGUUUGACCAUCCCAACGUGAUGAGGCUUCUGGGUGUGUGUCUGCAGACAGUGGAGAGUGAAGGUUACCCCUCCCCUGUGGUCAUCCUGCCCUACAUGAAACACGGAGAUCUGCACAGCUAUCUGCUGUACUCACGGCUGGGAGACUGCCCUGUGUUCCUUCCAUCUCAAAUGCUGGUGAAGUUCAUGACGGACAUUGCCCGCGGCAUGGAGUACCUGAGCAGCAAGAACUUCAUCCACAGAGACCUCGCAGCUCGCAACUGCAUGCUCAAUGAAAACAUGAAUGUUUGUGUGGCCGACUUCGGCCUCUCCAAGAAGAUCUAUAACGGCGACUACUACAGACAGGGGCGGAUCUCAAAGAUGCCCGUCAAGUGGAUCGCAAUCGAAAGCUUGGCUGAUCGCGUCUACACCACCAAAAGCGAUGUGUGGUCGUUUGGAGUCACCAUGUGGGAGAUCGCAACGCGGGGCCAGACGCCUUAUCCCGGUGUGGAGAACAGCGAGAUUUACGAUUACUUGAGGCAGGGAAACCGUCUGAAACAGCCUCCAGACUGUCUGGACAGCAUUUACUCUCUGAUGUUUUCCUGCUGGCUGCUGAGCCCCAAGGACCGCCCGUCAUUUGAAUCCCUGUGCUGCGAGCUGGAAAAAGCACUCGACGAUCUGCCGGACCCCCAGGACCCAGAUGAGAUCCUGUACGUCAACAUGGACGAGUCCUCCAUGGAGCUGGGGGCAGUGGGAGGUCGUGACCCCUUGGUGAUGCCGACCCCGUUCUGCCUGAAGGGUCUGGACUCCGUGACCACGGUGGAGGUCCACCAUCACAACCGCUACGUCCUGUGUCCCCAGCACGAGUCGAACCGAGCGCCGUCGGACUCCAUGGAGAGUCUGGACAUGCCGGUGUCCUCGUCCACGGCCACGCUUCCUCUACAGCCGUCCUGCCACUCCACUCCAAACCACACCCCGGCACCAACACCCACUGUUGAGCUGCUGGAGGACAGGGAAGGCUCCAGGAAGGUGCCAUGGCAGUGACCACUCUGACCCACCAGCCUGGUCAGGACCAUCUUUCUAUUCCAGCCUCAGAACUCCAUCCAGCUUUUUGCUACUGACUGAGAAAACCUGCGCCCCCACAUGGACACAGUUUGUACAGACACACGCAGCCGGAGACAUUCCAGAGAAGAAAGGACUGGGAUCAGGUUCUUUUGUCCACUCCCCUCUUAUCUAAACCAAGCACAGUCCACGUGAAUGUGUCACCGAAGACUGAACAUGCUUCAAGCACGCGGUUGAACGGUCACAGAAACUGCAGCACAAUCAGAGAAACUCGUUCCCCGCUUCCUCAGCAAUAAAUAUGUAACACAUCUACAGCUGCCACCACAAAAAACAACUGAGUUCUCCUCCACGGGAUUAAGCUAUAAAAACAUCUCUGUCUCAGUGAAACCAGCUCUGACACUGCCAGACCAAACUACAACCAAACACACUCAGGAGCUUCAAUAUUCCAGUGAUCACCAGGGAGGAUUCAUUCAGUCACUGAAGGAAGGAGGAGCGGAGGAGCGGAGGAGCAGGGGGGAGGAACCCCAACCUCCUGGGCUCCUGUAGGAAGGAAGGAAGGGAAGGAAGCAGCAGAGGAAAGGAAACAAGGUCACUACUGUGGACAGGAGAGGGUUAGGGUCAUGUGAAUUCAGACUAGUCGCCACUCUCUGAUUGGACGGCCAAUAUAAAGCCAGCUUCAGUGUGCAGCCAGUCUAUUAAGGUGGACUUUCAUUUCAGCUGAGUGAAAGUGGUGUGAAAAAAAUUCACUAUUGAAUUUUUGCUCCCACCAGACAUGAAAUGAAGAAAAAUAAAGUAUCUCUUUUUUUAAAUAAUAACAA